AUGACGAGUAAUACUAAUAAUAAAACUGAUCAAAGCGAAAUAUUUGCCCCUUUUUAUGAAGUGCUUUUAUAUAAAAAGGAUAUAAUAGCAAUUCAAGAAAAACUUGGUAUCAAUAGUAAUACAUUAAAGCAAAUAGAACACGAGCCCAAUGGAAAAACACUUGAUGAUUCAUAUGAAUUGUUGUUAGAAUUGGUGGGAAAUUUAAUACCUAUACAGGGGAAACUUGGUAUAGAUAUCAAUCCCGUUUUAGAAGCGGAACUUAGAAGGGAUAAAGCCUCUUCAGAUAAACCAAUUAGAUUAUUUGAUUUGCUUUUAUCUUUAGAAGAUGAUAUAGUGGUAAUUCAGGAUAAACUCGGUAUUAUUGGUUAUUCUAAUCAAGAAAGGGCAGAAGAAGUUGAUGAGAAUGUAAGAGCACAACUACAAAAGCUUGAGGAAUUUCACGGUCCAUUAGAAGAUGAUCCAGGUGUGAUUUUACCGAAAUAUGGUGAAAUGGGGGUAAAGAAAAUUCGGUUUACUGGAGAGGGACUUCCUCUAUUUCCAAAUCUUACUCCUCAACAAUUGCAUGAAAUUUUCGUAAAAAAUUCAGCUAGCAACAAUCAGUACCCAUGUCUAGAAUCAAAAGUAAAGAAGGGAAAAUUAUCACGGAAAUAUAUACGUCACAGCAAAUAA